AUGAGGUAGCAAAAGGGGGUACGUACGCCUUACAGCUUGGUACCCCGGCCAGUCACUGGGGAGGUGGAGGGCCCCGUCCGUUUCCAAUUAACCUGGCCCGGGUACGGGACUGGACUGGGGACUGGGUCACUUGCAGGCUGGGAAAUCGUGACGCACAAAGGCGAUCCAGGUUCCUGCCCACUCUUCAGACUUUUGUGUUAUAAUAAACCGUCCUUCCCACCGUCUGCUGACCUGACUUUUUGCUUUCUUCCCUCAUCAAACCAAACAAACAAUCCAUCCAGCUUUGACGAAUAGUCCUCUCACGAUACACCAACCACUUCCUCAACACUAUCCAAACAGUUAACACAACUCUCUCACACUUAACAACCGCAAACAUGUCUCUUCAGUACCUCCCCGCUGUUAAGCCUUCCGCCAUCGCCCUCGGCACCGUCUUCAACCACACCUUCGAGCUCGGCGUCCUCUCCCCCCUCUUCGGCAAGACCUGGCAAAAGGCCAAGUCUGCCAACACCAAGGAGGAGUUCCUCAAGUCUCGGGAAGCCUCUUCUGCUGCCGCCGCCUGGGGUUCCGCCCUUGUCGGCUCUGCCCUCCAGUCCUACGGUGUCGGUGCCCUGAUCAACGCCACAGGCACUCUCUCCUACAAGGGCGCCGCCUACCUCGGUGCUCUCAUCUUCGCCGCCACCAGCGCCCCCGGCUUCAUCUCCCAGCUUGUCGUCGAGCACCGCGCCUUUGAUCAGGUUGGCCUCAAUGUGCUCGCUAAGCUCUUCGAGACUGUCGGUCUUUCCGUCUUCCUUUCUUGGUGGGGCACCCGCACUAUCCCCUUCGGCUCCGGUGGCACCCCAUUGAGCCGUAACUCUUUCCGGGCGGAGUAAAUGGAGAUGAUGGGCAAUGGGAGGAGGAAAGAUAGAUGAUUAAUGAACCUCGACUCGGGAUAGAGUGAUCUUGGAGGAGGGAGAGGAGGAAAUUCAAAAGAUUAAGGCGCUUUAGUGUGUGAUGCUUUUUUCUUUUGUUUUUGUGUACUUUUAUGAUAUUAGCAUCCAUGGAAUGGGAUUUGAGGUAGACUCACUGCUGUUGUGCGCGUUGCUGAAUAUACGAAGAGGAUGUGAACUAUUCGGUGCCG